AUGCCGACACACCGGUUGAAGUCGCACCGAGGCAUGGAGCUGUAUCGCCUGCUGCUUCCCAGCCUUGCGUGCCUGUUUGCGCUCAGGGGAGUAGCAUCAGUGCGGUUAUACCCAGGCGAAGUGGACAGCCUCAUGCAGCUGGCGAGCUGGUGGAACAACUUCCAGGGCAGCGACACAUGGCAGCUGCGCUAUGCGGACUGCAUGGCCAUGUAUGGCAUUGCCUGCGACAGAGACGGAUUCGUCACUGACAUAGUGAUACAAGCGGGGAACUUCAAUGCACCAGUACCUGACAUGAUCAGCCAGUUGCAACACCUCACACGCCUGGCACUCCCCUUUUGCCAGCUUACAGGCACCCUUUCGGAAUCCCUCUUCAGCCUCACAUCACUCAUCGUCAUCGAUUUUUCAGGGAAUCUCAUCACAGGCACUAUUCCUGCAUGCUUCAGCUGCCUCACCAACUUGCGCGUACUUGCCCUUGGUGUGAAUCAGCUCUCAGGUCCCAUCGAUCCACUCACCAACUUGCCGCAACUCCAACAGCUUAAUCUGGACCAGAACCUCUUCAACACGUCCAUUCCCUCUGACAUCAGCAAGCUCUCUGCCCUUCAAUUCAUGAACCUUGAGAGGAACUCGAUCUACGGAAGCAUUCCCUCCUCCAUGGGAAACAUGGCGCAGCUCAAGGCGUUGUAUGUACCGUGCAUGCAGUGUCAUGCUCUCACUGUGCCUUGCUUUACGUUUACGUUACUGUACGCGGUGCUACGUUUCAACCAGCUGAGCGGAUCCAUACCCGACUCCUUCAGCUACCUGCACAACCUCAAUCAGAUCAAGUGGGAUAAUAAUCAGCUGACAGGGUCCAUCCCUGAUUGGAUAGGGACUCUCUCUGCGCUCAAGACUCUGGCGGUGACUUACAAUGCUCUGAGCGGAUCAAUUCCAGCCGCUCUCGCAUCACUGCCGCGCCUUAAUGUUCUAUUACUUGGUGCCAACCAUCUCUCGGGAAGCAUACCUGCAGAGCUGGGCGACAUUCUGAGCUUGCAGUACCUGUGGCUGGGGGUUAAUCAGCUGUCUGGAUCCAUCCCGACAGCCAUUGGGAAACUUACCAAGUUGCGGGAACUGGACAUCUUUGGCAACCAGCUAGAAGGGACUCUCCCCAGCACCCUCCAGAGCCUCACCAAGAUGGAAUAUCUUUCGCUGUCAUUCAACCGGCUCUCAGGCCCCGUGGAGCCCAUCGUGCGAGGCAUGAAGAACGUCACUUCAUUGUGGUUCUCUGGGCGCCUGCCCAGCCCUGCAGCAGCAGGCGUGCAGGCAUACAUUGUUGCUGAGAACUUCUUUUCGCACGGGCAGGUCAAGUUCAGCAACUGCUCUGCAGUCACAUGGAUGACGUAUUUAAACUGCCUCACGCCGUACAAUGGCAUCUGCGGCCUUGUGUACCAGCAGAGGUCUGCUGCAGACUGUGCUGCGUUCUGUGGGCUGGGGGUUGGUGCCACUGGGCCUCUGUGUGGGGGCCAUGGCUACUGUUCUCGGAAUACCGUUACUGGAGCAGGGGAGUGUGUGUGCGAUCCCAACUACAUGGUCAGCAGCAGCGACACCAACGCCUGUGUUCCUGGAGCUGCGCGCUCAUCUCUGGCAUCGGCCUUGGCGUACGUCUCCCUUGGGGGCUCUGCCUCGCUGCUUUCCAACGGCUCCAUUCUGCUCACCAGCGGCGCUGCCAGCCAGCAAGGCUCUGCCUUCGCGUCGCCUGCCAUGCGCCUCUUCUACAUUCCUGACAAGCGCUCUCCUUGCGGCACUCAGCUGGGCUUCCUCGUUGCCUUCAGCUUCGCCAUGAUCCCCGGGGAUCAGGGGGCGGGUGGGGAAGGGCUUGCGUUUGUGGUGGCAGCAGCUGCUGCUGGCAAGGGGGCGAGUGUGGGGCUGGGAGGGGUGGGGAAGCGGAGUGUGGCGGUGGAGUUUGACUCGGUGCUGAGUGUGAAGCACAGCGACCCCAACGACAACCACGUGGGCGUCAAUGUGGGCGGCUCACCUGUGUCCCUCGCCUCUGCCACGGCCCCUCUCAUCCUCAACGACGGCCUCACCAAGCACGCCUGGAUCCACUACGACCCCACCAGCGCCGGCACCCUCCGAGUCUUCCUCUCCUCCGACCCCCACCAGCCCCCCACCCCCACCCUCACAGCAAGCGUGUCUCUCUGCUCCGUGCUCAAGCCCACUGCAUCCGACUCUCUCUUCCUCUUCGGCUUCGUCGCCCUCUCAGGCAGCCAACCACAAAGCCAUGCCAUUCUGUGCUGGAGCUUCGUCACAGAUGUUCCCUCUUCUCUGUAG